AUGGCCGAAGAAAUUGGCGAAGAGCGUAUUGCUCGUCUUCAAACCCUCCAAAUGGAGGACCUCGGCAUUGCGAGACGUGAUUACCUUUCGACACGAGACGAAGGCCCAAAGCAAGUGCUGUCCUUGAGUCGUUUGGAGGCUUCUAGAGCCUCAAACCAAGAGGGAACGGAGUGUCACCGUCUAGCUAAAGAGAAUAAGGAUAAAUUGGAUGCGUGGAAGAAUGCCUGGAAAACUCUUGGUCAAGCUGAAGGUGAUGAUCUCGCUCCUAUGAUGGAGGGACAAUGGCAUAGGUACAACCUAAUGCAAACCAUCAAAUCAAACGGUGGUCAGAAGUACGAGGCCGAAACUGAUACGUCCGUUCAUCCGCGUGGCCGACGUGCAGUCGGAGCCCCUGGGGGCACUGGUCGAGGUGGUGGUGUUAUUGGAGCUCGUGGACGUCACCAGUCAAUUUCCCAAAGAUCGAGUGCUACUGUAAAGGAACGUGGCAAGGAAAGGACCAGGGGACAUGAUUUUACAUCUGGUCGUCCGUUAGACCCUGCAAGGGAUAUUAACAAUCCGCAGUCACCUCAAAAUCGGGGAGGAAAAGGCCGUGGCAAUGCACGCCUACGACCAGCCACCAUGAGACCUCGCGUUCCGGUUUCGGCACAUCCGCCAACCGCAGUCUCUGAGAAGGGACAUAAUACUCCCAUUAACGAUAGCAAUAGGCGUGAACCAACUCAUUCCGAGGCUGGCAAUAUCGAACCUUGCAAGAACGCAGAGUCUGCCGAAAUCGCUAAGAGUGUGGGCAAAACUGUGCAAAUUGAAAAAGCGAAAAUUACUCAAGAAAAGGACGUACAGAGGCUUCAUGAAACGAUCGCUGAGCUUUCUAAUGCUGAACCAACACCGGAGCGGCCAGUUUGGGAUAUUAUAGAAGUAUUUGGCAGUCCUUCCUCUACGAAAGAGACCCAGACUGACUCCAUGAAAAAAAAGGUCGACCAGGGAUUUAGCAGCACCCUUCCUCAACCUGUGGCUCGCAUGCGUCGCCAGAAGCAAGUUUUGGACGACGGUCAGAUUGAUAGAGACAAUACAUCGAUGCCUUCGGUAAAUUUCAACUCUGCGACCAUUAUGAAUGAUGGAUCCAAAGCCCCCACUGGUGCUCAAUCUUCGACUGCGGUUAAGCCCUGCAAGGAUACGGGCAUGGAACAGGAGCGUAAUGCCUCUGAAAAUGUUUCAUUGAUAACAGAGGAGAAACGAACACACUACAUUGAAGACGAUGACGCAGAGAGAGAGGUUGAAGAGCUUCGACAGACACUUUCAGCAGGCUAUCUUCUUCCGUCUAUUCGAAAGCUCUUGACUGACCGUAAGAAGAAGCUAGAAGACACUCUAUAUUUUAAAGAAACCUGCCCUUUGCCAGCAUCAAUGAGCACUCAGCCGUCCGGAGAUGAAACUAAACAACUAGACUUGGCUGCAGUUUCAGCAGCUCCUUCACCAAGUGGAAGUACCUUUGUGCUAUCAAAAGUGCUUCGUGAGUCACAAAGUGAAGUUGCGGCGUCGAGAAAAAUACCUAUGAAAGGUGGUCAAGCUAGAGUGAAACCGGCGGAUGGUAAUAUCCAAUCCCAUGAUACGACUCAAGCUUCCAACCAAUUGACUUUGGUUAACGAUGAAGGUAACAUUAUUGGCAAUCACCUACUUCCAGGCCGAGGCAACGAGUCCGAGCCCGAGCUCCACGUGGAGGUUCUUAGUAAGAUGGGCGAAGGUAAAUUUCAAUCGAAGAAAGGUAAAGAUGCGCGAUCACACGCCCGUGAUGUAUCUACGGGUUCAAACGCGUCAAAUAUCCAACGCAAGACCAUCCACACACGCGAUAAUGGAAACACCUCUACCUCUGGGAAAUCAUCCUCGCAACCUCUAUACGGGGCUCAGUUGAAAAUACGAGAGACAGCAUAUCUUCCCCAAACAGCAGCUGCCAUGCAAUAUGCUGGACAACUAUCCCAGAACGCCGCCGCUCUGGCUAACCAAAACGCGCAACUUCAAGCUUCAUCCCACAUAACUGGACAAAAGACUAACAGUGUGGUUACCGAAACGGAGACCUCCCCUAUUAGAGGACGCGAGGGGUAUCGUAAUCGUGGUCAUACGCGAACUGAUUCUCUUGGAAGCAGAGUUGGAAGAAGCCACCCGUCAGAAGCAGUCCGUAUCUCCAGUCACGCCACUUCACCUCCCUGUAGCCUAAGAGGAGAUGCAUUCAAAAGCCCACAGCAUGCAUCACUUUUAUCGGGCUCGAAAGUCAAUGACGAGAAUCACGUGCCAAAGAAUCUAGCUAAGAAGUCCACACAAGGUCUUGAAGCAUCCAGAUGGGCUCCAAAAGCUCCAGGAAAGCAAGGAAUAUCUGACGAGGGCGCUCAACUGGGACUUGAGGCAUCUAUGUGGGCUCCUCGGCGUGAUGAGAAAUCAGACAGCCGCGGAAAAGGCUUGAUGGCAUCUCGCUGGGCUCCGCAAGGUUAA